AUGGAAGCACUUCUAGCCAGACUCGGCGACGCAUCUACGGCCGUGGAAGCAGCCAAACAAUUAAAAGAAUCCCUACUUGCAUCAACAUCAACGACGACGAUUCGACCAAAACCAACUAUAACAAAGGCUUCUCUACCACCACGAACUAGUGUCUCAACUCGCAUUAAAUCCAACAAGGAAAACUCUAGACCUGGAUCUGAUGUCGCCGACAAGAAACUACCACAUCAGGCAUUGAGGAUUUUGGCACACGCUGUAAAGGUAUUGGCUGUACUGCCAAAGAAGGAGUCUAGUAUGAGGAAUGAAGCCACUACUACAACGAGCAAUGUUGUCAAAGCUAGUGUGAAAAAGAAGCCUACUAUUGCAUCAUCGUCAUCGACUACUAGUAAAGCACCAGAAUUGGUGGUGAACAGUAUAACGGAUGUUUGCAUUGUCGCUAUUCAGACUUUGGACAAGUCUGGCGCUGAUUCUGGUAAAGGAAUACUUGAAGUGGAACGUACUACCUCUAAUAUUGCUACUCGGUUGACGGAUCUCGGCCAUUACGACCUUGCUCUCAAAUUUUUGGCAUGUAUAAAGUCAUCUAUAAUGAAAACGACCGAAACCAAGUCGACACCACCAUCAUCAAAGACGAGUACUCGGAGGGUUGUCCAAACAAAGAAGGAGGAGACCAAACAGGACGAUUGUUUGACAUUUCAAGUGGAGAGCUCAGAUCCUAAUCUAGCUGCAAUACUCUCUGUAUGUCUAUAUAAUGCUACUCGUUGCUGGUUGGGAGAUGGUCGACGUGGUAAAAGCGAGAAUCUAUGUACAUCCAUCGUAAAGCCAUAUGGUAUGCAUCACUGGUGUCAAAGGCUUCGUGCUCUAGACCCUGCAGCUGGAUCACGACAAGCAGAUUGUUUGUACAGAUUCUUUUAUCGUGUUUCCAUGACAGAUCCAGGUAUAGAUCCUUCGCUAGCUUUGAGACUACGAGAGUUGGCAUUGACUUUCUAUGUCAUGACGUCGUCUUGUACGGCAAGUCAUUUUCAUGAACAUGCCUACAAGUUUGGAAUGGCGUUUGAAAAACAUUGUAAAGACGACGCAAAGCUUAUGAAAGUGCUGCAUGCAUUCUACGAAGCUGUUGCUUCAUUGAGUCAGUUAUUGCCUCAUAAUGGACAUAUCGAAGUAGAUUUCAUGAUGUGGUGUGAACAUUGGCUAGUCAAUGGUCAACGAGCUGGAAUCCACGCCAACAUCAAGACAACACUCGACUAUGCAAGAUCUCGAUUAGAUGGACAGAAGGCCGCUCCCGCUCUAGGACAUUUGUUGGCAUUCAAUAUAGAAGCCAUUCUCUUGGACUUUGAAACAAAGAAGAAAUGGGAUGAUAAUCAGGCUUGUAACAUAAUAGCAGAAAUUGCCGUGUUUCAGGACGUCAUAUCAUCAUUGAAUGAGACUCGGGUCAUCAAAAAUCAAGUUCGUGCCAUUGAUGGAUUGAGAAGGGCGAUCAUGAAGGGAGGAGAUGCAGGGUCUGCUAGUAUGUUAUUGCUUGAUGCUCUGACGGAAUUGCUUGAUACAUGGAAGAGCUUUUAUAGUGGUGACGCACCACCGUCAGUCGAUCUGUCCAAGCUUGAUCGACUGCUUGUUGAGAUGUUGAAUGCUUUGGCUCGUGUGUGUCCUUCAGAAGCAUACAGUUACCUCGAUCGGGCACUGGCAGUCUCUUCUGAUUAUCCAGAUGGCCUACGUGCUAUCUCAUCUACGUCGUAUAAUCUUGGUGGCAGUCGCUAUAAAAGUGGAGAGUUUGAAACUGCAUCGAAACUCUUCCAGCUGUCGUGUCUAGCAUUACAAACGUGUCAGCAACUAGUUCCUGGUGAUGACGAGCUGCAAACGCAAGUGGCUAGGAGGUUGGAUGCUUUAGCAACAUGCCAUGCGUCAUCGUCCGAUCAAUCGGCUGCCAUGGAAUCAACACAAGCAGCAAUACUUGCUCUUCCGAUACGUACUUACGCCGAACUUGAAAAGCACAUACUAUUUCCCGGUAAAUAUCCACGACCAGAACUCUUGACUAAAUUGUUGGAACGUCUCGUUCGUGCAGGCGUGUAUAUAUCCCAAACGAAUCAACGAUAUUUCAAUCAGCAUGUCUCUGCUAUUGCUGAAUAUGAGAUUAAGAUUGCACAGAGUCUAUCUCAGUCUUCGAGCACGUUGCUCGCUCAAACAAAGUUGAUGGACUUGUUGUUGGAACAAUAUUCAGAGACUCGAAAUCCUGUUCGACGAUCAAGGGCGUUGCUGGAAAGAGCUCGAAUUUUACGAGUAAAGGAAGACAACAAUAGUUGUAUAGUACAUAUCAAGGAGGCCAUAGCGCUACUGCAAUCCCAGGAGUUGGGAGAAGAACCAAAUCUCGAAGCACAAGUCUCGAAUGAUUUAGCCAUUGCCAAUGCUUAUUAUGGCACAGUGUUGAACUCGGUUGGGAAAUACGCUGCUCAACCAUUCCGAGAUGCAUUACAUCUGUGGUCUACAUUAUUGCAGAGUGUGCCAACAUAUCAGAAGAGAGACCGAGUUCAUGUCUCGCAAGCUCUUGACUAUUUUCGGAAUGUUGAAUCUACCUACUAUAGUAUUCGAUCUCUCGCUGAUUAUUUUGGAGUUUUGGAACAACCUCUGAAUCGAAUAUUUGCACUUCGGUUACUUUUACGUGUGGCAUCUCUUAGGAACGCACCAACUGUUGCAACAGAUGUGCUCCUGGUGCUUGCCGAGAUGGGUUUUGUGUAUGUUUCUGUUGGAUUUACGGGACGAGCUGGUCUAGCUUUGGUGAAUGGCAGAAAGAUUAUGGAAACACCAAGUUGUAAAAGCUCGCCUGAUUUCGGUGAAGCUGGUAUGAGAUGGCGUCUCUCGUAUUCCAACUAUCUGUGUGCUAUUGGCAAUCUCAAGAAAGGAUCUACUAUCUUCGAUGAGAUACAAGAAUCAUCUAACCUUUCCAAAUCUCGUCGAGAUUCUCUGCAAAGCUUGGCAUACUGGGUCAGAUCGUCAUUAGCUCUUGCAGCAGGAAGUGUUGGAAAUGCUCUACAAGAUGUGGACGUUGCAAUCAAGAUUCUGUUGAGAGCGUGUGGUCGAGCAUCGAACGUUGCUGAUGAUGAUGGCAAGGCAGAGAGUGGUAUUGAUUCGUUCCUGUGUCAAGGAUCUCAAUGGGAGCUGGUUGAGAAAUUCCUAUCGUUAUAUCGCUCGUUGGGCCACCUGUAUGUUAUUCGUGGAUCACCUCUGGAAGCUGAAUAUGUGUAUCGACGAGGAUUGUCACUCUCUCAACGUGUGCAAUCCAGUCUGGCCGAGAGUGCCUUUUUGGUUGCACUUGGUGAUGUUGAUUUACGACGAGCUAGAUUGGAAGACUCUGAAAUGCAGAUUAUAAAUGGGUUGGAGCGUCAAGUACCGAUGCUUUUGGAUAUCUCAAUCGUAGAUUCCACAUGGGCAAAAGUCGUUCGUGGUGAUUUAAAGUAUCGUUCAGGUGACUUGAAUGAAGCAUUGCUAGAAUACAAUGAAGCUGAACAUUGUGUUGAUGACGCUAUUCGAUCGCAAUCGGUGACGGAAGAACUUGAUUUUGGAACGCCAGACAAACGUCACUCUGGACAUGUUCGUCGAUCCUCAACCCCUAUGAGCUCGCGGCAUUCAAGUCCUCGAAUGAAUAAUCAUAGUCCUGCCAAGGGUAACUUAUAUCAUAGUCCUGUCAAGGUUGACCAUGAAGCUUUUAUAUUGGCUGCAGUCAAAAGUGAGGUGCAGUCUCGAGUUGGUUGGGUUUUAGGAGAGCUUGGCAAUCUGGGUGAAGCAGAGCAAAAGAUUGCUGAUGCAAAUGACUGUGUCAUUAAAGCCCCAGAUUGCUCAGUAACUCGAGCAAAGUUGAGACUACGUAAGCUCGUCGCGCAAUUAACUGGUGGUCCAUUGUUUGACAUGUUUGGUGACUCUGCCUUCUCGCUACCGUGGUGUGUUCCAUCUCGACCACCCGUUAAUGUAGCAACUCCUAGCAAGAGUCUAUCAAAAGUAAAAUCAUCCAAGAAUCGUAAUAUUGCGGUAUUGUCUUCGUUGGCAAUUGAAGUUGACGAAAUGCUAGAGGAGGCAGGUCAAGCAGCUCGAGAACGUGGAAGACCACAACUCGUUCAUGAUACAUCUCAUGGCCAAGCUUUAUUGUCGAUAGUUACAUCGUAUCUAGGCUUACAAGGACCCGUAUCAAAACCAAAAGAAGUUGCAGCAGAAGCUGUUGCCUUAUUGCAUUCGUCUUUGGGGUUAACGGCGAGACGUGAAUUCAUGGACUUGUUGAGACGUAAGGCCGAGUCUUCGAUUGUACCGUGGCCAUCUGUAUCGUGUAAUUUAGAUCUCAAAGACAAGAGUCGUAAUAGUUUGCUCUACCAAAAGUAUAAGACCGAGAUGGUCAUGACCACAGAUGACUUUGUCAAACGGUAUGUACAUCCAUUGCCAUCGAAUUAUGUAGUGGUGUCUAUAUCCGCUGAUGUGGAUCGUGGUGAUUUGUACUUGACUCGUAUCGAGCAUGAUCGUACUCCAGCUUUACUUCGUCUGCCAACACGGAGGCAAUCAUCUAGAGAAGGUGAUGAUGAGAAGCUAUCAUUUGAGGGAUGUAAGGAAGAAUUGGAGACUAUAAUAGCAUCUAGUAAUGAGUUAACUCGGCAAGCCAAAACCACUGAUACUAAAGAAGGCAAAGCAUCAUGGUGGAAGCAACGUAAAGAACUAGAUCAUCGAUUACGGCACUUGUUGGACGAUGUUGAAAAGGUGUGGUUGGGUGGCUUUAGAGGGUUUAUAAGUGUUGAUGGCUUACCUGAGACUGACGAGGACGAUGAUGAUUCGAAUGCUAUAAAUGAGUUUAGAGCUGCAGUAAACAAGAUGUUGACUAAGGCCGUAUCACGAAAGAAUUCAAGUGCUGCACAACGUGCCAAGUCUGUAAAUCAAGCACGGAUGCCUGAACUUGAUAUUGGAUUGGUUGAGUCGUUGUUACGAUUGGGACCACGACCUGACGAUGAUGCGUGCGAAGAUGCCAUUUAUCAUUUGAUGGAUGCAAUUCAGUAUGGAGGAGCUAGUGUUGAGUAUGAUGAAGUUGAUCUUGAUGGGAUGACAGAGGACUUGAAAAAUGCUCUCUGCAAAUUCCAUCACGAUACCGAUUCUGGACUUUCCGAAGAUGGAGCAUUUAAUUUGGAUUCCAACAGUGCUCCCACAAACCAUUUGAUACUUAUAAUUGACAAGUACUUGCAAUCGAUUCCAUGGGAAUCAAUACCAUGUUUACGAGGUAGAUCCGUUUCUCGACUACCAUCCAUGUCCUUCCUCCGUGAUCGCCUUGUGCAAGAAAAGAAUGGCAAGAUGGCCGCAGUGUCGAGUGAGAAUGUCAGUUAUGUUUUGAAUCCAUCUGGUGAUUUGUCUAGUACUCAGAAGGAGUUUGAGGGUUUUUUGGCUAGCAAAAGCUGGAAGGGAACAGUUGGUAAACCUCCCACUGAACAAGCGUUUGAAGAUGGGUUGUCCAAGUCUGAUAUCUUUAUAUACUUUGGACAUGGUGGUGGUGAGCAAUAUCUUCGCCCAUCACGUAUAAGACGACUCGAUCAAUGUGCCGUCACCUUCCUAAUGGGUUGUAGUUCUGGAAGAUUGAAAGCUGAAGGUGAAUUCGAUCCUUUUGGUGUAGCAUUGGAUUACAUAUUCGCUGGAUCUCCUGCUCUCGUUGCCAAUCUAUGGGACGUAACUGAUCGUGAUAUAGACAAGUUCACAAAGGAUGUGUUGCAACGAUGGGGGUUGCUUGAUUCUUCUGAGGACGGUGAUGAAGACGAAGAAGAAGAAUCACGUAACGUGACAUUGUCAGAGGCAGUAGGACGUUCACGAGAUACGUGUACGUUGCGGUAUUUGAAUGGUGCAGCGCCUGUAGUAUAUGGCAUACCUGUAAUGUUGAGAAAGUAG